GGCUUUGAAACAGUCACCAGUCGCCAUUCGGCCGACAAUCAACGAUAGCGAUGACGCUCGGUAUUUUCGAUAUACCUCAAGGAGAUCCAAAUCCCAUCCUCCUGGCCGGUUCGCCAUGGCCAAUGAUCAUCAUUCUGGCGUUCUACCUGCUCUUUGUCCUCAAGCUGGGAAAGAUAUACAUGAGGAACCGGAAACCGUACGAUCUGAAGCGGUUGCUGAUGUUCUACAAUCUCGGCCAGGUGGUCUACAACGGCCUCUACUUCGGAGUUGUCUUCUACUACCUGUUCAUCGAGGGAAUCUGCAACCUGCGCUGCAUGGAGAGCUUCCCGCCCGGCCAUAAGCACCGGCAGCUGGUGCGGGUGGUGCACACCGCUUACCUUAUGAACAAGGUGGUGGAUCUGCUGGACACCGUGUUCUUUGUGCUGCGAAAGAGCUACAAGCAGGUCAGCUUCCUACACAUCUACCACCACGUUUUCAUGGCCUUCGGCGGCUAUGUGGUGACCCGCAUCUACGGCACCGGCGGACACUUCAACUCCGUCGGUCUGCUCAACACGUUCGUGCACACGGUCAUGUACUUCUACUACUUCCUGUCCUCGCAGUAUCCCGGCGUGAAGGGCAGCAUCUGGUGGAAGAAGUAUAUCACGCUGACGCAGCUUGUCCAGUUUGUGCUGCUCUUCAGCUACUCCUUCUACGUGCGCUUCUUCUCCCCGAACUGUGCCGUUCCGCACAGCCAGCUCUAUGUGACCAUGUUCCAGGGCAUCGUCUUCAUGUAUCUGUUCGGCAAGUUCUAUAUCCAAGCAUAUGUGCGGCCUCCUCCUGUCCAGUCCCAGCCCCAGUCCCAGUCCCAGUCCAGCCCCGAGUCCAUGCAGAAGCAGAAGCAGAAGCGGUUGUAACCAGCGCAAUGUUUACUCGAAUACACCCUGUUCAUUAUAGCAAUAUAUGCGCAUACCGAUCAGACCAUUCGAUGAGCAUGCAACUGGCAGCUGGCAACGACCCCAAGUAGGCUUUAAUUUCUGGACUUUCGACACUUUUGCAGAAUAAAUAAAAAUAAUGCUAAUGGAAAAUACCAUAUGCUAUCAUCCCACUA